UCUCUUUUAUCGCCCCUCCUUCUGCACAGCUUCUUAACUGCGGCGCAGUGCGCGCGCCAUACACACCGCUGCAGGCGACUUUCGACGUCACCUCAAGCCUUUGGUACUCGUUAUUUCACUUUCCCGAGCGGCACGGUGUCAUCGUAUAUAUCUAAUCCGUCUGUCUUGUCUUUCGUCUGAACUUUAUUUCCUGUCGGCGCCGAGCUCGGGGGACACUAUGCGGCGCAGCCAUGGCGAAGAGGGCUAAAUCGGUCACGAGGACCCUGGAGGAUUUGACACUCGACUCGGGUUACGGCGGAGCGGCGGACUCGUUCAGGUCGUCCAGCUCGUCGCUGUGCUGCUGUCCCGAGGCGCACGGAGCGUACGCACAUGGAGCGAGCUGCUGCCGCCUGACCGACCGCAUGCGCAGUCGCCGCGGCAGCACGGACACGGUGAACGCCGCGCCGGUCGACGACGGCGAGACGCUGGAGUGCCCGGACCACUGCGCCAGGCUCCCCGAGCUCGACGAGGUGCCGUGGAGCCUCGCGGAGGUCCAAGAGGUGCUCAGCAAGCAUGGCGACCCGCGAUGCGCCGCGCCGAGCGUCGAGCUGCUCGCCCGGCUCUCGUCGCUGCUGACCCGCGCGCUUGUGCGCAUAGCCAUGGAGGCGCGGCGGCUGUGCCUGCGCUACGCGCGCUGCACCCGGUACGAAGUGCAAAGCGCGGUCAAAAUCGUGCUCUCGUGGACCGUGGCGGCGAAUUGCGCCGCCGCCGCGCUCGGCGCGCUCUCCAUGUACACUAUGGGCACGGAGGACAAAUACAGCCGCGGCAAGUCGGAGCGCUGCGGGCUCGUCUUCAGCAUCGGGAGAUUCUUCCGCUGGAUGGUGGACAGCAGCGUGGCUCUGAGGGUCAACGAGCACGCCGCCAUCUACCUGACCGCCUGCAUGGAGAGCCUUUUCCGCGAGGUGGUGAGUCGCGUCCUGAUCAGCGCACAUCUGGAGGAGGGCAACGGCAUGCCAGCAGCGGUCACGCUGGAGGCUUUUGAGCAAGCUAUCAACAACGAUUCCGAGCUGUACGGGCUCCUUCAGCCUUAUCAACAUCUCGUGUGUGGGAAAAAUGCAAGUGGUAUCUUGAGUCUACCAGACAGCUUUAACCUGCACAGAGAUCAGCAGCGGUCUGGAAAAGCAGGUGAUGCCUACUGUCAGGCCGAGCUACGCACUAUAGAGCAGUGUCUGCUGGCAACACGCGUAGGGAGCAUCGCUGAGCUAAGUGACCUGGUGUCCAGAGCUAUGCAUCACCUUCAGCCCCUGAGUAUCAAGAACCAUACUAACAGCACUCCUGUGCACCAGAAGAACAAUCUGCUCCACUGGGAACCUGAGGCUCUCUAUACUCUCUGUUAUUUCAUGCACUGCCCUCAGAUGGAGUGGGAGAACCCCAAUGUUGAACCCUCCAAAAUCACUCUUCAUUCAGAAAGGCCAUUUAUGGUACUGCCUCCCCUUAUGGAGUGGAUCCGAGUGGCUGUAGCUCAUGCCGAGCACCGCCGAAGCUUCUCGGUGGACAGUGAUGAUGUUCGGCAGGCGGCCCGGCUCAUGCUGCCAGGAGUGGACUGUGAACCUCGGCAGCUAAAGACAGAUGAUUGUUUUUGCAUGUCACGGAAGUUGGAUGCUGCAUCCACUGAGGCUAAGUUUCUGCAGGACCUGGGGUUCCGCAUGCUCAACUGUGGUCGGACAGACCUGGUAAAGCAGGCCAUCAAUCUGCUUGGACCUGAAGGCAUUAACAGCAAGAGUGAACAGGGUAUGACUCCACUGAUGUAUGCAUGCACUCGUGGUGAUGAGGCCAUGGUUCAGAUGCUGUUGGAUGCAGGAGCUGAUAUCAACAGUGAGGUGCCCAACACAGUGCACCAGCACCCCUCAAUCUACCCUGAGACUCGGCAAGCCACGGCACUCACCUUCGCCGUGCUUCACCAACAUGUUCCCGUGUUGCAGUUGCUGCUAGACCAUGGGGCAAAUGUGGAGGGCUCUUUGCAGGAUGAGAUGGAGAACUAUACAGAAACUCCUCUGCAGUUAGCUGCUGCUGCAGGAAACUUUGAGCUGGUUAGUUUGCUGUUGGAGAGAGGAGCUGACCCAAUGGUGGGCACCAUGUACCGUAACGGCAUCUCCACAACCCCACACAGUGAAAUGAACUCCUUCAGUCUGGCUGCAGCACAUGGACACAGGAAUGUGUUCCGUCAUCUACUGUCCCAGUCUGAGAAGGGAAAAGGGGAUGUAUUGUCCCUAGAGGAGAUCCUGGCUGAAGGAACAGAGGCAGGGGAGAGGAAUUCGUUGCAGAUGGAAGCAGCGCGCAUUGGCAAAGCCAAAAUGAAAGCUCUGAGAGAGGCCAUGUACCAUAGCUCAGAGCAUGGCCAUGUGGAUAUCACACUGGACAUACGUAGCGCAGGAGUCCCAUGGAUGCUGCACACCUGGCUGGAAUCUUUGCGCACAUGUUUCGUGCAGCAUAGGCGGCCAUUGAUUCAGGGUCUGCUGAAGGAGUUCAGCUGCAUCGAGGAGGAGGAGUACACUGAGGAGCUCAUCACACACGGUCUGCCUCUAAUGUUCCAGAUCCUCCGUGCCAGCAAGAACGAGGUUAUCAGUCAGCAGUUGGCGGUGAUCUUCACUCAGUGCUACGGACCGUACCCUGUUCCUAAACUCACAGAGAUCAAGAGAAAACAGACCUCAAGACUUGAUCCGCACUUUCUGAACAAUAAGGAGAUGUCAGAUGUGACAUUCCUGGUGGAAGGAAAGCCGUUCUACGCUCAUAAAGUUCUGCUUUUUACCGCCUCCAACAGGUAUAAAUCUCUACUAGCAAACAGACCAGCAACAGAGAACACCUGCAUUGAAAUUAGCAAUGUGAAAUAUAACGUAUUCCAGUUGGUGAUGCAGUAUCUGUACUACGGUGGAACUGAUACACUACACAUCAGGAACACUGAGGUUAUGGAUCUUUUGUCUGCGGCUAAGUUUUUCCAACUGGAGGCACUACAGAGGCACUGCGAGAUUAUCUGCUCCAAGAAUAUCAAUACCGAGACCUGUGUAGAGAUCUACAACCAUGCUAAAUUCCUGGAGGCACCAGAGCUCUUGUCCUACAUUGAGGGCUACUUCCUGAAGAACAUGGUGGUGUUGAUUGAACUGGAGCCAUUCAAGCAGCUUCUGUAUGACACUCCGGUGGAGAGCACAGGCCAUGACCUGCUUCAUGCCCUGGAGAGAACUCUGGCCAGCCGAAUCCACUCCAUUCACUUGUCAUCAUCCAAGGGCUCUAUAGUUUAAGACUAUGACAUUUGCUGCUCUGAAAUGUUUGAAGCUCACUAUGCUAUAUUGCAGGUAGCUUAAAUGCGUGUUCUGUUUGUUAGUGUAGCAGUACUCGGUGCGUGCACUGGCUAAAUCAGCAGGCAUAUUAAAUAAUUUAAUGGGGAAAAUAUUAACAGGAUCUCAGCAGGUGGUAAAUUACUUCCUGUUAGGAGCCAUUAGAUAAGCAGCUUCAUUGAUUUUUGCCAUUAGGUUUCUCGUUUUAGAUCUAUUUGCCAAGACACCUUGCGGCUCAAUACAUAUUUUCAGAUUAUUGUUAUUGUAGUACUAGAAAACUGCAGUAAAAGAAAGAAAAAUAUUGUACCUUUUGCGAAUUAUGAUAAUAUACUCCACCUCAUAAGUACUAUAAAGCUUUUAUAAAUCUGCAUAAGGUAUCAGAGGCUUCUUGAAAGUGCCACCAUCGCCAUCCAAGAACCACACGCACACUAACAUGGCAAUAAUAAUUACAGUAAUAGGUAAUAGAGUUAUACAAUAAAAUAAAUACAUUAUAACUGGCCAUCAGACUAUUAGUCAUCUUUAUAGAUGUUCUAUGGCAUGCCUAACUCAUAUACUUGCUUCCACUCAGCUCUACAUUGUGAAAGUGUGUGCCUUUAUUAUUGCAAACUGUCAUCUGUAUAGCAAGAGGACAUAGCUUAAAUAAAAUACAGAUAUUUUUGUAAAUAUACAGUGUAAAUCUCUCAUAUGGAGAUCUUGCUCCACCUGUAAUUAUAUGUAUAUAACAGAUUUCCCCACUCACCAUAUAUGUACAAAAUUAGAAAAUUAGUAAACAGAUGUAAAUGUGGAGGAGCAUGUAUUUUUUAUUUGUUUUUAUUUGUCUUUUUAUCAGUGUUAGGUUUGUGUACGUGGAGUAGUUUGUGUUAGAAAAAGAAGAGGACGAAUCCUAUUAUGAGCAUGGGGUUAGAAAGCUGUAGCUGUGAAUAUUUUUGUUCCUGAGGUCCUGGAACGAGAUCCUCAACUCAGUAGGUGCCUGCAAUAUGUUGUGUGUCUUCUCAUGAAGUUUGUGCAACUUUGUGGAAAUCUUUCUGUGACUAAAUCCUUUUCUUUAUAAAGAUUAAUACAAAAAAUA